ACUGCAGAACUGCAGGAGACAAUCUUUCUACACAAGGCAGUUGGGGAGGAGGGAGCGCUUGGAGGGGGGGCGCUGCCUGGCGUGCACUCCGCAGCUCAGGAACGUUACUGCGCGUGGAACGGCUGCUUUGGGGAGACUAUUGCCCAGAAGAAAAGAUGUUUGGUUUUCACAAGCCAAAGAUGUACCGAAGUAUAGAGGGCUGCUGUAUUUGCAGAGCUAAGUCCUCCAGUUCUCGAUUCACUGACAGUAAACGCUAUGAAAAGGACUUUCAGAGCUGUUUUGGGUUGCAUGAGACUCGUUCCGGAGACAUCUGCAAUGCCUGUGUCCUGCUUGUGAAAAGAUGGAAGAAGUUGCCAGCAGGAUCAAAAAAAAACUGGAAUCAUGUGGUAGAUGCAAGAGCAGGACCCAGUCUAAAGACUACGUUGAAACCAAAGAAAGUAAAAACUCUAUCUGGAAACAGGAUAAAAAGCAACCAGAUCAAUAAACUUCAGAAAGAAUUUAAACGUCACAAUUCUGAUGCUCACAGUACCACCUCAAGUGCCUCCCCAGCUCAGUCUCCUUGCUACAGUAACCAGUCAGAUGAUGGCUCAGAUACAGAAAUGGCUUCUGGCUCUAACAGAACACCAGUUUUUUCCUUUUUAGACCUCACAUACUGGAAAAGACAGAAAAUAUGUUGUGGGAUUAUCUAUAAAGGCCGUUUUGGGGAAGUCCUCAUCGACACACAUCUAUUCAAGCCUUGCUGCAGCAAUAAGAAAGCAGCUGCUGAGAAGCCGGAGGAGCAGGGGCCAGAGCCUCUGCCCAUUUCCACUCAGGAGUGGUGACUGAGGUUUAUGUAAAAGGGGAACAAAACAUGAUUUAAAUUUUGAAAAGACCACAAAGCAACAAACUGACCCUCCUAUUUUUAACUUGGAUAUCUGCUAUUCUGCCAAAAGACAAUUUCUAGAAUAGUUUUGAAUGGGUUAUUCCCCCCCCCCCCCCAGUUCCACAAACUCUGAAGCCAGUAUCUAGCAUACUAAAAGAAAAGGAAGUGUACAUAAUAUUUAAGAUGCUGAGUAUUUCAUAGGAAAGCUGAAUGCUGCUGUAAAGUGCUCUUUAAGUCUUUUUUUAAAUCCCCUUCUAAUGAAUGCAACUAGGGGAGUUUCAGGGGACAGAGAUGGGAUUUGUUGUAUGAUAAACUGUAUGUAGUUUUAGUCUUUCUAUAUUGAGAAGUAGUGGUUGGGGCAUUUUUAAAGAUGGCUGGCUACACUUGUUUUCCCUCAUGAUAAUAAAUUUAUCAUAACUCAGUACAUAGACUUGCCCCUAGAGGUAGUUGUUAAUUUUGAAAUAUUAGGGUCUUGCCAAGGUUCUGAUGAUUCAAACCUGUACUACUGAUUAUUAAGCAGAACAGACUGAGCUUUCUGUUGGCAGAUACCUUGAAGGAGAAAGUAAUUUCUAAAUAUACAGAGAGGUAACUUGACUGUAUAUGUUGCAUCCUGUGCCACCUCCUUUCGUAUUAAUAUUUGAUAAAGAUGAUAAUUUAUGUGAAACUUGUAAAGCAGAAUCAAAGCUCCUCUUGGGGAAAUGGCAAGUCUUUAGGAUAGGCAAGAUCCUGUAUGAAUAGUACCAAAGCAUUACCACAUGGCAGAGAACAUAUUCUAUUAACAAUGUUAAACUGUCUGAAAAAUAAAAUGUGCAAGUCUUCAGGAUGGCACAAAAGGCUAAAGCUUCUUUGGGCAUAUUUCUUAGAGGGCUUGCCGAGUGUGUAAAUAAUUGACUUCUGUUUGUGUUACAUGACUAUUUGGUGACUUCACUGAAAAUCUGCACAAUUCAGUUUUAGCUCUGGAUUACUUCAGUUGACCUUUGUGAAGGUUUUAUCUGUGUAGAGUGGGUAUUUGACUUGUUUUAACCUGUUAGGGUUUUUGUUCUUUUCACUCUAUAUUUAAAGUAAAAUUUAUUAAAAGAAAAGAGGUGUGUGUUAGUGCUAAGUGGGUUAGUUUUGGUUUGGCUUCUUUUAGUCAGGCUUUCUGAACAUGGGGCUAUCCUGAACAUGGAGCUCUUCAAUUCUAAAAUCCUCAUUAAAAGCCUCUCACUUGAACCUGAACCAAAGUACUUUUCAUUGCCUCUUUUCUAAAAGUUCAGGGAAAAAAAUCCUCGUAUCACCAGUUCAUACUUUUCAUAAUGAGGGAGGAGCAUUUGCCUGCCUCAUAAUAACAUGACUCAGUGCUUAUUUUUAAAACUGGAUUUUGAAAAUUGGAUAAUAUAACAGUAAGGGGUGAGCCCCUUUUUAUGGGCACCCUACAGUUUUAUAGUUCUUAAUCUAAACUUAACAUUUUAUAUUUCUUCCUUUUGGGAAAAAACCUACAUGCUACAAGCCACCGCAUGCAUAGACUAUACAGUGAGUUGGGUCGGCUCUCCCACAGCCUUUGAGGUGUAUUACAAGAGUCCAGCCAUUCUCAUCCUCCUGAGUUAUUUUGACAUGGUUUUUCUUUUUUUUGUACAUUUUGGCUGCAGUAUUGGUGGUAGAAUAUACUAUAAUAUGGAUCAUCUCUACUUCUGUAUUUAUUUAUUUAUUACUAGACCUCGGCCACAGUCUUCUUUUUCCCCUUCCACCUCUCUUUGCCUGUAGGAUGUACUGUAUGUAGUCAUGCACUUUGUAUUAAUAUAUUAGAAAUUACAAAUCUGUUUUGUACUUUUUAUACUGUUGGAUACUUAUAAUCAAAACUUUU